CUGCCGCGGGCCUCCCGGGGCUCGAGCCCGGCGGCGUCCGCCGCGAUGGCCCUCAAGAUGGUCAAGGGCAGCAUCGACCGCAUGUUCGACAAGAACCUGCAGGACCUGGUGCGCGGCAUCCGCAACCACAAAGAGGACGAGGCAAAGUAUAUCUCUCAGUGCAUUGAUGAAAUCAAGCAAGAGCUGAAGCAAGACAACAUCGCAGUAAAAGCCAACGCGGUCUGCAAGCUGACCUACUUACAAAUGUUGGGCUAUGACAUCAGCUGGGCUGCCUUCAACAUCAUAGAAGUGAUGAGCGCCUCCAAGUUCACGUUCAAGCGGAUCGGCUACCUCGCUGCUUCCCAGUGCUUUCACGAGGGGACCGAUGUCAUCAUGCUGACGACGAACCAGAUCCGCAAGGACCUGAGCAGCCCCAGCCAGUACGACACUGGCGUUGCACUGACUGGCCUGUCCUGUUUUGUUACCCCAGAUCUUGCCAGAGACUUGGCCAACGACAUCAUGACACUGAUGUCGCACACCAAGCCGUACAUUCGGAAGAAGGCUGUCCUGAUCAUGUACAAGGUGUUCCUGAAGUACCCUGAGUCCCUACGCCCCGCGUUCCCCCGCCUGAAGGAGAAGCUGGAGGACCCCGAUCCCGGGGUCCAGUCGGCCGCAGUCAACGUCAUCUGUGAACUGGCCAGGCGUAACCCCAAAAACUACCUUUCCCUUGCCCCUCUGUUCUUCAAGCUGAUGACCUCCUCAACCAACAACUGGGUCCUCAUCAAGAUUAUCAAACUGUUUGGUGCUCUGACCCCCUUGGAGCCAAGGUUGGGCAAGAAGCUGAUCGAGCCUCUCACCAACCUGAUCCACAGCACAUCCGCCAUGUCUCUUCUGUACGAGUGCGUGAACACCGUCAUCGCAGUGCUCAUCUCUCUGUCCUCCGGCAUGCCGAACCACAGCGCCAGCAUCCAGCUCUGUGUCCAGAAAUUGAGGAUAUUGAUAGAAGACUCCGACCAGAACUUGAAAUACCUGGGCCUGCUGGCCAUGUCCAAGAUCCUCAGGACGCACCCCAAGUCCGUGCAGGCCCACAAGGACCUCGUCCUGCAGUGUCUGGACGACAAGGACGAGUCCAUCCGCCUGCGGGCCCUCGACCUCCUGUACGGAAUGGUGUCCAAGAAGAACCUGGUGGAGAUCGUCAAAAAGCUGAUGAGCCACGUGGACAAGGCCGAGGGCACGACCUACCGCGACGAGCUGCUCACCAAGAUCAUCGACAUCUGCAGCCAGUGCAACUACCAGCACAUCACCAACUUCCAGUGGUACAUCGGCGUCCUGGUGGAGCUGACCCGGCUGGAAGGCACCCGCCACGGCCACCUCAUCGCCGCGCAGAUGCUGGACGUGGCCAUCCGCGUGAAGGCCAUCCGCAAGUUCGCCGUGUCGCAGAUGUCCGCGCUGCUCGACAGCGCCCACCUGGUGGCCAGCAGCACCCAGCGCAACGGCAUCUGCGAGGUGCUCUACGCGGCCGCCUGGAUCUGCGGGGAGUUCUCCGAGCACCUGCAGGAGCCCCAGCAGACCCUCGAGGCCAUGCUGCGGCCUAAAGUCACUACCCUACCCGGCCACAUCCAGGCCGUGUACGUGCAGAACGUGGUCAAGCUCUACGCGUCCAUCCUGCAGCAGAAGGAGCAGGCGGCGGAGCCGGAGGCGGCCCAGGACGUCACCCAGCUCAUGGUGGAGCGGCUGCCCCAGUUUGUGCAGAGCGCGGACCUGGAGGUCCAGGAGCGGGCGUCCUGCGUCUUGCAGCUGGUCAAGCACAUCCAGAAGCUUCAGGCCAAGGACGUGCCGGUAGCAGAAGAAGUGAGUGCCCUCUUUGCUGGAGAGCUGAACCCAGUGGCUCCCAAGGCGCAGAAGAAGGUUCCAGUUCCUGAAGGCCUGGACCUGGACGCUUGGAUCAAUGAGCCGCCCUCGGACAGCGAGUCUGAGGACGAGAAGCCCAAGGCCAUCUUCCACGACGAGGAGCAGCGCCAUGCCAAGCAGCGGCAGCCGGAGGCAGAGGAGGAGGAGCUGGCCCGGCGUCGAGAAGCCCGGAAGCAGGAACAGGCUAACAACCCUUUCUACAUCAAAAGUUCCCCAUCUCCCCAAAAGCGGUACCAGGACAUGCCCGGAGUGGAACAUAUACCCGUGGUGCAGAUAGACCUCUCGGUGCCCCUGAAAGUGCCAGGGAUGCCCGUGUCGGACCAGUACGUGAAGCUGCAGGAGGAGAGGGAGCACCGGCAGAGGCUGGAGAAGGACAGGAGGCGGAGGAAGAAGAAGGACAAGGACAAGAGGGGCAAGCCGCGGCGCCACAGCUCGCUGCACACAGAGAGCGACGAGGACAUCGCCCCGGCGCAGCGGGUGGACAUCGUCACCGAGGAGAUGCCUGAGAACGCUCUCCCCAGCGACGAGGACGACAAAGACCCCAACGACCCUUACAGGGCCCUGGACGUCGACCUGGACAGGCCCCUGGCCGACAGCGAGAGGCUGCCCGUCCAGAAACACAGAAACGCCGAGGCUACCAAGUCCCUCGAAAAGGAGGACGUCCGUGUCGUGGAGAAGAAGGUCAAAAAGCCCAGGAAGAAAGAGAAGAAGCACAGAGAGAAAGAGCGAGAGAAGAAGGCGAAGAGGAAGGAGAAGGAGGAGAAGGAGGAGAAGGAGGGCGAGGACUUCGAUUUCUGGCUGUCCACCGCCCCGCUGCCCGCCACGGCCCCGGCCCCGGCCCUGGGAGAGCCUGGAGCGAACACCGUCACCGCUGCCCCUGAGGGAGGGGGCGAGGAGCCCAGGAGAGAAGAGCGAGGCGACGAGGACGAGGACGGAGACAACGAGCGGGACCCCGAGAAGAAGGCUUCGAAGCAUAAGAAGAAGAGGCACAAGAAGGAGAAGGAGGAGAGACCCAAGGACAAGAAGAAACCCGAGAAGAAGCAGCCUCCAGGUGAAGAGGCGGCAGAGCCCGUGGAGAACGGCGCGCUCGCUGACGAGCCUCUCCCGCCCAUGUCCAGCUACUGCCUCCUGGCCGAGAACUCCUACAUCAAGAUGACCUACGACAUCCAGGGCAGCCUGCAGAAGGACAGCCAGGUCACCGUGUCCAUCGUCCUGGAGAACCAGAGCAGCAGCUUCCUGAAGGGCAUGGAGUUCAACGUGCUGGACUCGCUCAACACCAGGCUGGCCCGGCCGGAGGGCUCCUCCGUCCACGACGGCGUCCCCGUGCCUUUCCAAUUGCCCCCAGGCAUCUCCAACGAGGCCCAGUUUGUAUUCACCAUUCAGAGUAUCGUCAUGGCCCAGAAGCUCAAGGGGACCCUGUCCUUCAUUGCCAAGAACGAUGAAGGGUCGACCCACGAGAAGCUGGACUUCAAGCUGCACUUCAGCUGUACCUCGUACUUGGUCACGACGCCCUGCUACAGUGACGCCUUUGCCAAGUUGCUGGAGUCUGGGGACCUGAGCAUGAGCUCAAUCAAAGUCGACGGCAUUAGUAUGUCCUUCCAGAACCUUCUAGCAAAGAUCUGUUUUCAUCAUCAUUUUUCCGUGGUGGAGAGAGUGGACUCCUGCGCCUCCAUGUACAGCCGCUCCAUCCAGGGCCACCACGUCUGCCUCCUGGUGAAGAAGGGGGAGAAGUCCGUGUCGGUGGACGGGAAGUGCAGCGACGCGACGCUGCUGAGCAACCUGCUGGCGGAGAUGAAAGCGACGCUGGCCGAGUGCUGAGCCCGGCCCCCUGCCCCCACCCCGGCCCCCGCUCGGGUCGCGAGGGGACACGCUGUGCUGACGCGUCUUGUCGGCGUUCCUACUCUGCCUCUUCCCAUCUCUUCAGCGAGGAGCCCCGAGGCUGCCCGAGGAGCCGGCCACGGCGCCCAGUGGACCGUGCGGGGUGGCGCGCCCUAAUCCCGCGAGGCCACCUGAGUGCCCCACGGCCCCCACACUCCCUGUCUGGGGGCGCCUGCUCACCCUCCUCCCUCGCGGCCGCGGGCCAGGACACCCGGUGGCCCCGGGGCCGUGCAGGCUGCUGUCGUGUUCCCCGCGUCCCACCCACGUGUUCAUGCGUUGCAACGGCUGCCACCCGGGGUGGGGUCUAGUCGGGAUCCCUGACGGAGUGGGGCCUGGACCUUGUUGGUUUACAUUGCUUUCCUGUCCAGUGAAAUGUGUCUCGGUCGGUGGUGUUUGGUGAGUGGUGGGGACUGUUUGGGAUCCCAGGUCCCUCCUGUCGCCGAACGCUCCCCAGGCUUUGUCCCACACCGUGCCCGCAGCUGCGGGGAAGGCCCGGUCCUGGGGGGGGCCCCGGCCCCUGGAAUGCACCUCACGGGGCGGGGCAAGGGGACCCCGGACCACCCCGUCAGAGAUGAUGGUCCUAAAUGACGUUAACUUCCUUUUGACGAACACUGUCACUUUAGCAUGUAGGGUAAUCUAUUACAGAAUCCUGUGCAGUGAUUCCAGAACCUCAGAACUGUAUGAUGUGUUCGAUAAGAAUUGAUUUGCUAUCGACAUUCCCAGAUAAAGGAGAGAGAGACAUAUCACGCUGCUGUAAUGAUUUUGUGUCGAGAUGAUCCAAUAAACUUGUAACACAGA